UCGUCUAUCCACGCAGCAGUACGCCCGCAGCUAGCGAAAACAGCAACAGCAGCAGCAGCAGCAGCGUCAAAAGUUGAUCGCGCUUGCACUGAGACGCGGUCCGCGCGCAAUCAUCGCCUCUCUCUCUCUCCCGUCGAUCGACUCUGAGGAGUAAAAAUAAAUAAAUAAAAAGAAAGAAACCGGGCAGGCUAGGGCCAUCCAUCCAUCGACGACAGCUGCGUGGCGAGUAAAAGCAUGGCACGCACGACGCGCAGGAAGCAAAAGGGGCCUGGCGCCGGUGGGGUCACGGACUCGCCGGGCGGUCACGCCAUGUCGCCUCCCCAGGACCCCAGCAUCCACCACGAGGGCAAUGGCACGUUUGACCCCAUUGCGCAACCGCCGCCUCCGCCGCCGAUGAAGCUCGACGAGUCAGCCGGCGGCUACUCUUCCUAUGGCAGCAUGCUUGCUUGCUUGCUUGCUCGCUCCACCUCUCCCUUUACUUCUCCUUUCCCGCGCAGCAGCUGCAGCCAGAGGCGGCUCGCCCAACCAGACGGGGCGCUAUCUCGGAGUCGACGGCUAUCCGCACGAGGGCGGCCAUCCUGGUCACGCGAUGGAUCCCUACGAGCACCACCACCUUCCUCCGCUUGCCGAGGCCAUCCACCCCGACGAUGCUGCCGCUGCCGGCGCUCCACCUCCGCCGCACCAUCACCAACAGCAGCAACACCAGUCCCACCACCACCACCAGCAGGCUCAUCCUGACCACGUCUAUCAGCAGCACCCGGGCGCCUACGAAUCGCACCCGGCUGCCAGCGACCCGCACGGAUCGUACGAGCACGACGGGGCCAGCAGCAACUUUUUCGACCCCCAGAUCAUGAACCCGCCUGCGACGGCCCCCUCCGAUGGCUACGACCACACGCACCACCACAGCCACUUUGGCGGCCAGAUCAUGACGCCUCCCCCACCUGGCUCCUCGCAUGGCGCACCGCCCCAGUACGGUUCCUCGUCGCCUUACCCCGGCCCUGCGCCCCACAUGUUCCAUCGCGCCUCGAUCUCGGGCCCCAUCAUGCACCAGCACCACUACGGCGCCCCUCCCCCACCGGGCACGCCCCACUCUGUGGCAGGAGGUGGUGGUGGUGGUGGCGGCGGCGGCGGAGGAGGAGGCGCGCCUCCCACGCCCGGCGACAUGGCCGCUUGGGGCACACCCUCGGGCAGCGCGAGGCCCCACACGGCUGACGGCAUGUUUGCCUCGCAGAUGGCCGGCAUGCCUGGACAGUGGUCUGGACCAGGCGUCGUUCCCGAGUACGGCAGUCGACAGAACCGAGGCUCUAGCUCGUCGAUUUCCAGCGUGUCCGAGGCUGCACACGGCGCCAAUGGCACCGGUGGCAACAAGAUUUUCUCCUACAUGCCUGGCAACGCAGAUGAUUCGUCGUCUACAGGCGGCGGCUCAGCCUCGGGUGCGAGCAACUCGGCUCGCAAGCGCCCACGUCGCAGAUACGACGAGAUCGAACGCCUGUACCCUUGCAACUGGCCCGGCUGCCAAAAGAGCUACGGCACCCUCAACCACCUCAACGCCCACGUCGCCAUGCAGAAGCACGGAUCGAAGCGGACGCCAAACGAAUUCAAAGAGAUGCGCAAGGCAUGGCGCAAGGGCAAGCGUGAAGAGGACCAGCGGAGGCAGGCCAAUGCAGCCGUGGCAAACGAAGAGGCCAUGGCCCGCUCAAAGGUCGUCUUUGCCCCUCCGCCCCCGGGCCACGGCUUUCCCAUGUCGCCCAACGCCAACGGUGGGGGAGGCGGUGCUCCUGGCCAGGGCGGACCACCGCCCCCCGGCUAUCCCUCCUUUGGACCGCCUGCGCCUCAUGCCAUGCCCCCACCCGGACAGGUGCCUCGCUAUGCCGUGCCCUACGGUGGCCAAGCUUCAUCGCCCUAUGGCCACGUCGCCGCUGUCGAUGCCAAUGGCCGGCCCUACUCGAGCGGCGGCUCCAUUCCCUCGCCUCAGCAAGCAAGCGCACAGCCCGGAGGCGGACUGGGCGCCUAUCUCAUGGGUCGAGGCAGCAUCUGAUCUCCCUAGAUAUACCCUCUGCGCCGCCAUGGUCCCGUCGUUGUUGACUCCUUGUAGUGUAUCACCACCACCUUUUCUCUCUACUCUUCCUUUCUCUCUCUCUCUCUCUCUCUCUCUCUCUCUCUCUCUCUCUCUCUUCUCUCCCUCCCUCUCUCUUCUACAUACUUUCUACCUCUCUUCUCUCUCUACUUCGUGUUGAAU